UUUGCUGUGAUGCUGCAUUUGCUCAUUAGCCCGAAGCCAACGGUGCCCAGUUAAAGCACUUAGCGCCAAGUUAAAGGUUCACCAGGAAGAGGUUACAGACCUGCGAGAGACUUUUUUGAAGUACAUUUCGGAAUAGCUUAACUUUAUUGCGAUUUUUAAAAGAACUCUUUAAGGUAAUUUCACUAUAACGGCAGUUUUACACGCUAGCAAGUUCAGUCUUUAAGAUAAAAGUUAGCUUUAUCCGAGCCCCCCCCCCAAUUGUGCCCACCAGACAGCGGGAAACGUUGGAAAUGAUAGUUAAUUUGCCGUGUUUGUUUCACUCUUUCUCGGAUUCAGUUGUGUUUUUUUGACCCAGGAGGCUAAACAUGAGACAUUUCCCGGACUAACUUUGAACUGUUGAUGCUAAACAGAAACCCAGACUGAGCAUCAAUGGACGAGUCGAUAUAUCUGUCGAGCAGACAAAAGACAGAAUUUGUCAUUUUAGCCUUCCUUCAAGCGGACCUGGGACUUUUGGAUUACAACAACGAGCUUCUGGCCCUGAGCAAGGAUUUCCCCCGGGAUAUAAACGCCAAUGGGCCCCGGACAGAGACGCUCCUGGACGGGGACCUGGAGUGCGAUGGCAACCCAAGGAGCUCCAUCCAUUUUGAAGGAGACGACGUAGAUGCGGCCGCCCUUCGCGAGGUGGCCGAGGGUCUGAGGGACAUCGCCGCCCGGAUCGAGCACAACCUUGUGGCUCGAGCAACUGAGAACCUGAAAAGGAAACUAAGAGACUUCCCCCCUGAGCAGUGGACGCACCACCUUGCGGACGAGGUUGACCGGCUGAUGAAGGGCGGCGUGGGGCUGGACUUCCUGCCCCAGGAGCGGGUGAUGGUGGCCCUCACGCUCACCCUGGUGAGGGGGGUGUGCCGGCUGGCCCCCCGGCUGCUCAGGGGCCUCUGCGACUCCGCGCUGCGCCUGGUCUGCCGCCAGGGCGCCAGGUGACCCUUGAGCAAGGCAUCAGGGGCCUCGGGAUGACCGCCGUGCAAAGGAAGGAGCAGCUGACCCGCAGAACCAGACCCCCCCAGUGACGGGAGGUGGGUCACUGACUCGGGAAAAUCGGGGAAUUACUUGAAUCCUUUCCUCUUUUGAAAAUGGGGAAUUGAAAGUCGGUAUGAAUUGGGGCUUUUUUUUUCCCCCCGACUGACCUGAAUCUGUGUAGAAAUGUUCUGCUUUGGUGUAUUUCUGUGUCUGAAGUCAGAUUUUUGUUUGGGUCUGAACAGUACAUGUGUAUUUGUUACAUGUGUAUUCGAUGAGGUUUGAGUUUCAUCUCAAAAUGCUUCGACUGUGUAUUUUGUUCUGGACGUAACUAAUAAAGUCCACACACACAUUC